UAGGAAAUAUCUCAUUUAUCACAUCAAGAUAUAAAUUUACGAUUAUCGUGAAGAAUUUAAAUUAAUAUACUUUUGUUUUUUAGCGGAAAAUUAGGAAAAUGUCAUCGAUCGUUGACAAGAUUAAAGAAAUUGAAGCCGAAAUGGCACGUACACAAAAGAAUAAAGCUACAUCGUACCAUCUAGGUACUUUGAAAGCUAAGUUAGCUAAAUUACGUAAAGAACUUAUGACACCUCAAGGAGGAAGCGGAGGAGGGGGUGGUGUCGGUUUUGACGUAGCAAAGACGGGAGUUGCAAGAAUAGGAUUUGUUGGAUUUCCAUCAGUAGGGAAAUCUACAUUAAUGUCUAAAUUAACGGGAACAUUUUCAGCAGUAGCAGCUUAUGAAUUUACAACAUUAACAACAGUACCAGGAGUAUUACAAUACAAAGGAGCAAAAAUUCAAAUAUUAGAUUUACCCGGUAUAGUAGAAGGAGCUAAAGACGGUCGUGGUAGAGGCCGUCAAGUAAUUGCAGUAGCACGAACAUGUUCAUUGAUCUUUUUGGUUCUAGAUGUAUUGAAACCGCUUACACAUAAAAAAAUCAUCGAAACAGAAUUAGAAGGAUUUGGGAUAAGAUUGAAUAAACAGCCACCAAAUAUUUAUUUUAAGAAAAAGGAUAAAGGUGGUAUUAAUAUGACUAAUACAGUACCCUUAACUAAUCUAGAUUUGGAUCAAGUCAAAGCUGUAUUGAGUGAAUAUAGAAUUCACAAUGCUGAUGUUAAUUUUAAAUGUGAUGCUACUGUUGAUGAUUUAAUUGAUGUGAUUGAGGGAAGGAUUUAUAUACCUGCUAUAUAUGUUCUUAAUAAGAUCGAUCAAAUUAGUAUUGAAGAAUUAGAUUUGAUUUAUAAAAUUCCACAUGCAGUUCCUAUUUCAGCUCAUCAUGAAUGGAAUUUUGAUGAGUUAUUAGAUAAAACGUGGGAAUAUCUUGAUUUAAUUAGAAUUUACACGAAACCAAAAGGUCAAUUACCAGAUUAUAGUGCACCAGUUGUAUUAAGACAAAAUCAACGCACAGUUGAAGAUUUUUGCAACAGUAUUCAUAAAGGAAUUGUCAAACAAUUUAAAUAUGCAUUGGUAUGGGGAAGCUCAGCUAAACAUCAACCACAAAAAGUUGGAUUAACCCAUGUACUUAACGAUGAAGAUGUUGUACAGUUAGUCAAGCAAUAAUAUAAAAUAAAAUUGUAUUGAUAUUUGUUCAAAAAAUAAGAAAGAAAUGGUAUAGGAUUAUUUUUCAUUUUGAUUUAAUUAUUAAUGCAAAUUUAACUUAAUGCAUAUGCAUAUUUAAUUCAAGAUAUAUUAUAUUCUGUUCAUUU